AUGGGGAAAAAGUCGCAGCUUCGGCUGUUGACUGCUGCACUGCAACGCCUGCCUGGUCUGAGCUGCCCCUCCUCCCCACCAUCACGACCCGUCCUUGAGCGGACCUUCUCAUACACCGACAUCUUAUUGUCUUUCUCAGAUACCCAAACCUUCGUCAUGGCUUCCUUCAGCCCCACGCAGAUCUUCGAAGAGGGCACGACGGAGGAGAAGGGCGAGAAUGCCCGCCUCGCCGCCUUUGUCGGCGCAAUUGCCGUCGGCGACCUCGUCAAGAGCACUCUCGGCCCAAAGGGCAUGGACAAAAUCCUGCAGUCUGCGUCGACGGGCGAGAUUAUGGUGACAAACGACGGCGCGACGAUCCUCAAGUCCAUUGCCCUCGAUAACGCGGCAGCAAAGGUUCUCGUGAACAUCUCCAAGGUACAAGACGACGAGGUUGGCGACGGCACCACCUCGGUGGCAGUCCUGGCCGCCGAGCUCCUGCGCGAAGCCGAGCAGCUCGUCGCCAAGAAGAUCCACCCCCAGACGAUCAUUGAGGGCUACCGGAUAGCCAGCCAGGCGGCGCUCAAGGCUCUAGAGGCGUCGGCGGUGGAUCACAGCAAGAACCCGGAAGCGUUCAAGAAGGACCUCCAAGCCAUCGCCCGGACCACGCUCAGCUCCAAGGUGCUCGCCCAAGACAGGGAACACUUCUCCAAGCUGGCAGUCGAGGCUGUCCUGCGGUUGAAGGGCUCGUCCGACCUCAGCCACAUCCAGAUUAUCAAGAAGGCCGGCGGCAAGCUGAGCGACUCGUACCUCGACGAGGGCUUCAUCCUGGACAAGAAGAUUGGCGUCAACCAGCCGAAGCGCCUCGAGAAGGCCAAGAUCCUCGUGGCCAACACGUCCAUGGACACGGACAAGGUAAAGAUUUUUGGCGCCCGGCUCAAGGUCAGCUCGACCAGCAAGCUUGCCGAGCUCGAGAAGGCCGAGCGCGAGAAGAUGCGCGCCAAGGUGGAGAAGAUCAAGGCGCACGGCAUCAACUGCUUCAUCAACCGGCAGCUCAUCUACAACUGGCCGGAGCAGCUCUUCACCGACGCGGGCAUCAUGUCGAUCGAGCACGCCGAUUUCGACGGCAUCGAGCGCCUGGCUCUCGUCACGGGCGGCGAGAUUGCCUCGACCUUUGACCACCCGGAGCAGGUCAAGCUCGGGCAGUGCGAUUUGAUCGAGGAGGUACUCAUCGGCGAGGACACGCUCAUCAAGUUCUCGGGCGUGGCCGCGGGCGAGGCCUGCACCAUUGUGCUGCGCGGCGCGACAGACCAGCUGCUCGACGAGGCCGAGCGUAGCCUGCACGACGCGCUGGCGGUGCUGUCGCAAACGGUCAAGGAGCCGCGCACCACGCUCGGCGGCGGUUGCGCCGAGAUGCUCAUGGCCAAGGCCGUCGAGGGCGCCGCCACGCGCGUCGAGGGCAAGAAGCAGACGGCCGUGGCCGCGUUUGCUGUUGCCCUGCGCCAGCUGCCGACGAUCCUCGCGGAUAACGCUGGUCUGGACUCGAGCGACCUUGUCGCGCGUCUGCGCAAGGCCAUCUAUGACGGCUUGACGACGUAUGGCCUGGACUUGACGACGCCCGGCGGCGGGAUCGCGGAUAUGCGCGAGCUGGGCGUUAUUGAGAGCUAUAAGCUUAAGAGGGCGGUGGUGAAUUCAGCGAGUGAGGCUGCUGAGCUUCUCUUACGUGUGGACGACAUAAUAAGAGCGGCCCCCCGGAGGCGGGAGAGGCACUAG